AUGCCAACCGCAACUUCACGAUCAAUUGCGAACCCCAUAGUAACUUCUCCAAGAAAAACAGCGAACGAUACAACCAUUCCCCAGUUCCUGCCACGGUACAUACAUGGCUGGAGUCUUGCACCAUCAAAAUCUACAACGACGGCAAAGACAACAGCGGUCGAUUACUCGAGGAAGUUUUGGGUCUACAAUUUCCUUCACGGGAUCGAAAAGGACGAGGUUGAUGUGCUAGCGGAGUCAUCUACAACACGCCAGCGUCGAGUGAUUCGCAACAAGCUUGACCGCAUACCAGGGGGCGUUCUUCGCAUUAGUGGUGCGAGCGGUACAGGGAAAACGACCUUGCUGAUAUCACUCAUGAUGCUGGCUUUAGGCCAAAGCUGUCGGAUCCUAGCAUUUUCCGACACUCAGAUCGCCGCGGAAGCUUUAGCAGCACACUUCGAGAAGCGAAAUGAGCAUGGUGAUAUUCUAGCCAUCAGAUUCUGUGGGCAAGCAGAGGAGGCUAGUGAGCUAUACCGAUCUCUUGACGGAGCAGAAAGUCUGAAGACAGCUGAAGAAUCUAAAUGGCGGCCUAAAAUCACCCCAUCCUACUCGCUCGCGGCGGCAGUGUGGUUAGUCCUUGGUGAAGCGGAGCCCCAAAACGACAAGCUCUUCCGACUGUGGAAAACUUAUCAAAAUUCAGCCAGAUUGAUAAGAGAUCUUUCCCACUUACAAUCCCUCAAAAAACGGACUGAGGUGGUGCGGCGCGUCGCCAAAGAUAUUGUGAAUCGGGCGGAGAUUAUUUUCACGAGCAUCGGAGCAUCCAGAGAUUCCUUUCUAUACGAGUAUUCAACCAGUGCUGGUCAUAUCUUUCUUCAAAAUGCAUCCGAAGUUGACAGCAUCCACGACUUCAUCGAUUACACUUCAAAGCCUAUUGUAUUCGCCAGCUGCAACAGCAUAAUUGAAGAAGAUAGUCGGUUCGCGAAACUGCAGGACGGGCUGGAAUGGACACUCACCCAACAAAUUCAAGCCGACCCAGGGCUAUUCGAUGUCGCAAAUAGUUUAUUUCACUCAAUUACGCUAGUUUAUCCCAGAGAUGCAAGGCUCUCUUCACUGGCUGGAGCAUUCAAUACAUGCGCAAGUAGCUAUGCGGAUCUCCGUGGCACAACAUUAACGCCACCCCCAGCUGGAAAAGCUUACCCUUUGUUGCUGGAUCUGAGGAACUGCAAUACCUACUACGGGCGUGAUCAAUCCGAGAAACGGACUCGCGAGUUCGUAAAAUUCGGCCUACAAUUCUUGCUUUAUCUUCUGAAGCAGAACGACAGCAUCACCGCUAAAGACAUCAUCGUUCUAUCUCACACGGCAGGCCAAUGCAAUGACUGGCAGAUUGCACUAGAAGACGAGCGGAAUUCAGAACUGACUGGAAUUGGGGUUUCAACUAUUAAAGCUAUGCGUGGCUGGGAUUCCAAAUUUGUUCUGUGGGACACUGCUGUUGGUGCUGGGAUAAACCAUCAUCAUGAUUUUAUGCCGGACCGGAAGGAAAUCUAUACGGCGAUUACAUCGCACUCAAAGGGUCUCGUCAUUGUGGCAGAUACUUCUCCUUCCAAAUGUGGAAAGCGACAGGUGGUUGAAACCGGCAGUCGCGCAAAGAUCUUGUAUUGUGAAGAGUGCAAGAGCAGAGCAGAUAGUGAAGGAUCUGACCAUCAAAAAACAUUUCCCAAAGAAGACCCAACUAUUCGGGCAGCAUUUGACUGGAUGGAAGGUCAUGGCUGCACUAUUCAAAUUGAUUCAAACAACAACUAG